AAGAAAUGAAUGGUGGUUUUCUGUCAACGUGAUAACAAAAAACACUGCAAUAUUUAAACGAAUUUAUAUCAUUUUAUUACUCUACGCGUGAAUUAGUUAUAUUAUAAAACAUUCGAAAAAAUCAUGGCGUCUAAAGUAACAUUCAAAAUCACCUUAACUUCUGAUCCGAAAUUGCCUUUCAAAGUAUUAAGUGUUCCAGAAGCUACACCAUUUACAGCUGUAUUGAAAUUCGCUGCUGAGGAAUUCCAAGUACCUCCUGCCACAUCUGCAAUCAUCACCGAUGACGGGAUAGGAAUCAACCCUCAACAAACAGCUGGUAACGUAUUUUUGAAACACGGAUCGGAACUGAGGCUCAUUCCUAGAGAUAGAGUAGGCAAUAUAUUGUAGAUUAAGUACUAUAUUUUUUGUUGUAUAUUUUUUAAAAUUUUUAUUAAUGUUUGUCUACGAAUAAACUAUUUAUUUGUAAAAUAA